AUGAAAAGAGUAUUGCUUCUAACUUGGCUGUGCUUGGCGGCAAACAGCAUAUAUUCGAUAAAGAUUGGAAUUUCACACAACUACACCACAGUAUCACGGCCCACGACGACAGAAUCCACAGAACCAACUCUUCCAGCCAGCACAGAAGCUUUUAGCUCCAUCAGCCCGUUUCUGGAGGCGACCAGCACUCCUGGCAAUACAUUUCCAUCGCGUAAAAACCAAAAGGCUAAGGCAACUGUUGCCCCUUCAACAGCAUCGCCGACUUUACAAGCGAAAACACAAUCUUUAAAUUCCACUGAAGCGCCUCCUUCUUUGCCGACGUUCGAGGGCAGUAGGCAUUUUUACUGCUCCUGCGAUCUUCUGUUAGACACAUGCGACCUUAACUGCUGCUGUGACACCGAUUGCGUUCCCGAAACCCGGCAGGUUUUUAAUUGUAUUCCCAGUUCUUUCCUUCCGCAGCUUCAAUCCCGAUUAGAGGAUUUCCAGUACACUCAUGGCUUACCUACCUGUCAAAUCAACGACGGAUGGCUGUGCGUUUUUCGCAGCACCGCAAAUCCAUCCAAGACCCAUCUGCAGAUUGCAAGCUUUGAUACUUCUCAUUAUUUUAAAUGGAGUGAUUACUUGGAUGUUUAUGAAACAGACUCAGCCCAUUCUGGGUCAUCGGUUUUGCACUACAAGUUAGGCCAGCCCCUACAACUGUGGCAGCCGGAGACCAGGCAGCUAGAAACUUUUGAGCUGCCCGCCGCCUACGAAAGUUCCAGCUGUCAGCUGAAGCAGUCUAUUUGGCAUCUGAAGCCAAUUAAGACCAUCUGCAAAAUGAAGGACUCUUCGCAGCUCCAGGAGAGCCUAUGGGGCAUAUUAAAUCUGACUUCAACAUAUCAUCUGCUCCCCAAACCCCGCGAUCUAGAGGAACAGGAAGUGAAAGGACUGGUUGUAAGGGUCUGCCAGAGAGAAGAAGAUAAGUCCCUACAUUGCCUAGAGCCAGGGAACGAGACUCAACUGGAUAUUAUAGCGGACAAAGUUGACUUCAUUUUGAUCCACAAUUUUACAAAUAUUCUAGAGGCCCAGCUGGUUCUAGAGGAGGCCAAACUGUCUGCGGAUGAUACCCUGCCACUUUGGCUUCAGUACACUGUUCAGUUCAUCGCCCUAAACGAUUCGCCGGCCAAGCCCACUUCAGGUCCACUUGGUUACCUGCAAGGCGCUCCGCUAAUCUUCUCCAGAAUAUUGUCACAGAACAAUAGCGAGAGUACUCCGAUUUUUAGCUAUUUCCAAAAUACAAAAGGCUUUCACUGGCUAUCUCUACCCUCGCGGAAACUUCGAAGUAGAAGGUGCCAACGCAAACUGGACCACAAAGAAGUACUCCGCUUCGGCGUGGACUCUCUCACCCGAUGUCAUUUAACCCAAGCGGCUCCCCAGCUGCAGGUACACAAAAACCAUACCGAAUAUUGUCAGGACCUGCAAGCCAAAAUAUGGAGACAGCUGUUGCCCCACGAUUGCAGCCACCUGGAUCAAGUUGACAAGAUGUUCGUCUCCCAACUGGGCAGACCGGAGCCGGACAAAUGGAUUCCCAUGGAGGUGCGCUACCCGGAAAACAACCAAGAGAUGCCACCUCCCGUUCAAGCUGUUUACAACGAAGAAACGCAAUUGCUGAGCUGCCAAAAUAUUUUCCUUACCGUUGGGUACGAGGUCCAUGUGGCAGAUCAGACCUUAAUGGAAGGAAGGGCGCCUCACCAGCAAGUCCUGCAGAACAUCCGCCUUGUUUUAGGCCAACGGCAUGAUCUCGAAUUCGAUACCAGCGAAAUGGAGGUGUCUCUUCCUUUGAGCAUGUCCGUUAUGUUUUACCGGAUGCAGAGAACAGCUCUGAGUGGGGCUUCCAGACUCGGCCUUUCCGGACACGUAGUAAUACUCGCAUUUCUCUAUCGAGGGGUACCGUUUAUAUUGCUGCAACUGCAGUCUCUAAGCUAAGUCGGCGACUUUUAAUAAUGUCAAAAUAAAGAUUGAAGA